AUGUGGCGCCAUGUCACCACCAGCAGCCAUUCUAUGGGAUGCUUUGGGGGAUCCAAUGAAGACAAUGUUUCCAUAAAUGGAGAUGGCGUGGCCAAACCUUGCUGCCCCAGGGCUUUUAUACCACAUCACUGGGCCAACACCGAGAGACAGGAAGGCAGGGACCCAACCUCUUCUGCGGGCCCUGAGCCCAUCAUGGCCAACAGACUCUUUUUCUGGGUCUCCAUUUUUCUCCUGGGAGCAGCUCCCACUGAAACAGGAAUCACUCAGACACCGAGAUACCUGGUCACAAAGGUGAAGCAGGAGGUGAUGCUGAGAUGUCAGCAAGAUUUGGGGCACAGUUACAUGUACUGGUACCAACAGGAGCCACAGAAAGCACCCAGGAUAAUGUUUUAUUAUACCCUUAAAGACAUGAAUUUAAAUGAGACUGUUCCUCCAAGAUUCAAACCUGCCUCAUCAGGGAACGGUCACUUGACCCUCAAAAUCCACCCUGUGGAAGCAGAGGACUCAGCCACCUACUUCUGUAGCAGCAGCAGAGACACAGCCUUGCAGAGUCAUCUCCAAGCUGUGCAGAAACCUCCUGUCCCUGGCAUAGGAAGAAAGGAGGGAGGGAAGUCACCACACCAGAGAGUUGGCUCACAAAGGGAAGUUCUGGAAGGAAGAGGGAUUCUCAUAACCCAGAGAGGCUGCAUCCUACCAACACGUCUCAAAGCCAUCAGUGAGUUGGGAGAUAUCUGUCUCAAGCAUGGGAAAACUUCCCUAGAUAGAGUGAGUAAAGGAGAACAAUUUGUUCCAAUGGACAUGAAGGUUGCUGAAGUAAGCUCUAUGGUGCUCUUCGAGUUUGAGAAGAUCCAAAAGAUCAAGAUCAUGCACUGA